UAACCACGAUAGAGUCGACAUCAUCGGACCGGACGUGACGUAGCGGAAAUGAAGGCAACGAGGAAAGGCGGAAUGUAAACAUCGCGUCGGCAGAAGUUGAGCAGAAGGUGUAGCGGUGGUUUGUGAGGCAGAAUGGAUAACGCUCUUAAAGACGAGUACAAGAUCCAGUCCUUUGACACUGAAACUCAAAGUUUGCUUAAAACAGCACUGAAAGAACCAAGCACAGUAGAUCUGGAGAAGGUGUCCAAUGUCAUCAUAGAUCAGUCCCUAAAAGACCCAGUGUUCAGUAAAGAGGCAGGACGCAUUUGCUACACCAUUGUCCAGGCGGAGGCCAAACUGAACAACGGAAACGUGUUUCGCCGUAACCUCCUGAACAGACUGCAGCAGGAGUUCAAUGUCCGGGAAGAGACGCGCUGCCGCUCGAUUCAGGAGUGGGUGUGCUAUGUCACCUUCAUCUGCAACAUCUUCGACUACCUCAAGGUGAACAACAUGCCCAUGAUGGCACUGGUGCAUCCAGUUUAUGACUGCCUCUUCAGACUCACCCAGUCAGACGCUCUGCAGAACGAGGAGGAGGUGGACUGCCUGGUGCUUCAGCUGCACCGCAUCGGCGACCAGCUGGAGCGCAUGAACGAGCAGCGCAUGGAUGAGCUCUUCUGCCUGCUGCGGGACGGCUUCCUGCUGCAGGAAGGCCUGAGCUCCAUGGCCAGACUGCUGUUGCUGGAAAUCCUGGAGUUCCGGGCCGGCGGCUGGAGGCUGACGGACACGGCGCACAAGUACUAUUACAGCGAGGUGGCUGACUGAUGGGU